AUGAGGAAUAUUAAGACUAAUGCUUUGAUAAGAGAUGCUAUUACGAAAGAGAAAUAUCAAUUGCUCAUCAAGAGAACAAAAGAUGGGAAGUAUAUGAAAUGUACCGCCAUACCGGCCCAUUAUAGCAUGCUGAAAUAUAUCAAACUAUUGAUAAUUUGCUUGGCUAUUGCUCUAGUAAGAUAUUUAAUGUUUGCGAUGUUUAGCGAAGAUUACAUCUCAUUAAAGAUACCUCUUCUUCCGAUUUUACUUUUUAUCUUUAGUCUAUUUAUUAUAAGGAGUCCUUCAAUUUCUUCUAUUACAAUAAUUCAUGGUUAUGGUAUACAAAUUUCGACUACGUGUGGUUUAUUAAUUUUUCCAGAUGUCUGGAACCAUAAGUUGUUUCAACAAAGUGAUUUUAUUCCAAGAGAUGUUAUUGUUGAUAUUGUUAUAAAUGAAGGGUUUAAUAGAAGCUUUCAAGUCAUAUUUUAUUUAGCAAUUAUCACCAAGAACAAUGGAAAAUUGACGCUAUUAUUCCCUCUAUCGAUGAAUAUUCGACUAGAUGACCAGCGCAUGCUAUAUAAUUUGUCAAGAAAGACACUUUUUGACCCUCAUGAUGGUCUAUUUUCCCUGGCAAAUUAUCAAAGGGACCGUUUUUCUUCCUAA